AUGAACAGUGAGGAGCAGUACUAUGCGGCCACACAGCUCUACAAGGACCCGUGUGCAUUCCAGAGGGGCCCUGUGCCUGAGUUCAGCGCUAAUCCCCCUGCAUGCCUGUACAUGGGCUGCCAGCCCCCACCUCCGCCGCCACCUCAGUUUGCAGGCGCGCUGGGAACACUGGAGCAGGGAAGCCCCCCGGACAUCUCCCCAUACGAAGUGCCCCCGCUCGCCGACGACCCUGCAGGCGCGCACCUCCACCACCACCUCCCAGCACAGCUCGGCCUCACCCAUCCACCUUCCGGGCCUUUCCCGAAUGGAACCGAGCCUGGGGGCCUGGAAGAGCCCAGCCGCGUUCAGCUCCCUUUUCCCUGGAUGAAAUCCACCAAAGCUCACGCGUGGAAAGGCCAGUGGGCAGGUGGUGCGUACGCAGCGGAGCCGGAGGAGAACAAGCGGACCCGAACAGCCUACACGCGGGCGCAGCUGCUUGAGCUAGAGAAGGAGUUCUUAUUUAACAAAUACAUCUCCCGGCCGCGGCGGGUGGAGCUGGCGGUGAUGCUGAACUUGACAGAGAGACACAUCAAAAUCUGGUUCCAAAACCGGCGCAUGAAAUGGAAGAAGGAAGAGGACAAGAAGCGUAGCAGCGGGACGGGGAGCGGGGGCGGCGGGGGCGAAGAGCCCGAGCAGGAUUGUGCGGUGAGCUCAGGCGAGGAGCUGCUGGCUUUGCCUCCGCCGCCACCUCCCGGAGGUGCAGUGCCUCCCGGCGUCCCCGCUGCAGCCCGGGAGGGCCGCCUGCCACCGGGCCUUAGCGCGUCGCCACAGCCCUCCGGCAUCGCACCCCUGCGGCCGCAGGAACCUCGGUGA